AUGGGUUUCUCUGAGGGUGAUGCUAAAAAGGGUGCGGGUAUCUUCAAGACCCGCUGCGCUCAGUGCCACACCACUGAGGCUGGUGGCCCCAACAAGGUUGGUCCCAACCUGAAUGGCAUCUUCGGUCGCAAGACCGGUCAGGCCGAGGGCUUCAGCUACACGGCUGCCAACGUCAACAAGGGUGUGACGUGGGGUGAGGACACUCUGUUUGAGUACCUCGAGAACCCGAAGAAGUACAUCCCUGGGUAUGUAUUCCAAGCUGUUCCACUUUUUUUCGACAAGAAGUUGGAGCGUACCAAGAUGGCCUUCAACGGUCUUAAGAAGGAGAAGGACCGCAACGACCUCAUCACCUACCUGCGCGAUGCCUGCAAGUAA